AUGGACGAGAUUUAUAUUUCAACAAGCCCAAAGUCAAAUGAAGUUCAGGAAAUGCAUUUACUUCCUUGUAAUAUCAACUACAAUGGAAAAGCAAACGUAAAUGCAUAUUUUUUCAUCGAAGAACUGGACACGGAUCAAUCUGCAAAUGUGAAUAAUAGUGCAACUGAAAAAAUAUACGAGUCUUCUUUCAGAGGUAGACACCUUUUAGGAAAGCAGAUUGAUAUCCCAGAGAACCUCAAAGGCUAUAUUUUCAAAGAAACAAAUCAACCUUCAAUUUCUCCGCAAACUUUUAUGGACAGCCCUGAUGGAAGCGAACAGACGCGUUACUGGGAUGUUGUACAAACAUUCCAGUCGUUUAUGCUUUGGAAUCAAGACGAUGCUCCCGACUCGAAUGAUUGCGUUGUUAAAGCAAUGGAUUGGAUGAAUGUAGCGAGAUGUAUACAUGAACCUACUCCCCCACCAACAUGA